GGGGACUUCUCAGUAGGAUGCAGAGCAGCUCGAAAACUUCUAUUCAUCAUUAAAAGCUGUUGUUCUGUUUCGCUGUAGACAAAGUAUAAGGAGGCAGGAAAGAAGGAGGUGAGCAGCUGCUUGUACUCUCAGCUUCCGGAAACGCUGCAGACUCAACACGCCAAAGAGACGACCGAGCUGCUCAGCGAGGUCAAGUAUAAGGAGGACGGGAAGAAGGAGCUGUCCAGCUCGCUGUACUCCACCAUGCCCCAGACCUCCGAAACCAGCUUCGCCCGGGAGAUGAGUGACAUGCAGAGCGAGGUUAAAUACAAAGAGAGCGGGAUGAAGAGUCUCUCUCAGUCAGCCUACAGCCAGCUGAAGGAAACCUCCGAGAUGCAGUUUGCUAAAAACGUGGCCGAGCUGCAGAGCGAGAUGAAGUACAAAAAGGGGAAGAAGGACGUUUCCGGCUCCCUGUACUCCACUCUGCCUCAGACUCUGGAGACGCUGCACGCCAAAGAGGCGUCCGACCUGCAGAGUGAGCUGAAGUACCGAGCUGCCCUGAAGAAAGAACUGUCCUCCAGUCUGUUCCACCAGCUGCCAGAGACCCCCGAGACCGCCCACGCUAGAGAAGUCUCCGAGCUUCUCAGCGAGCUGAAGUACAAAGAGGACGGGAAGAAGGAGAUGAGCAUCAACCUGUACUCUGUGCUUCCAGAAACCAUCGAAACACAACACGCCAAGGAGGCCUCCAAGCUGCAGAGCGAGGUGAAAUACAAAGAAGACAUGAAGCAGAAGCUUCACAGCAGUUUGUACCACCAGCUGCCGGAGACCACCGAGACACAGCUGGCCAAACAGCUGUCCGAGCUGCAGAGCGAGACGAAGUACCGCGAGGCGGGCAAGAAGGAGGUGAGCAGCAACCUGUACUCCCUGCUGCCUCACACUCUGGAAACGCUCCACGCCAAGGAGGCUGCAGAACUGCGGAGCCAGAUGAAGUACCAGGAAGCAGGGAGGAAGGAGCUGUCCAGCUCGCUGUACUCCGCCAUGCCCGACACCUCAGAAACCAGCUUCGCCCGGGAGAUGAGCAACAUGCAGAGCGAGAAUAAGUACAGGGAGGAUGGGAAGAAAAGCCUCAGUCACAGUUUCUACUCUCAGCUGCCUCAGACGUCAGACACGGAGUUUGUGAAGAGUGUUUCUGAGCUUCAGAGCGAGAUGAAGUACAAAGAAGCAGGAAAGAAAGGCGUGAGCAGCUCUCUGUACGCCACGCUGCCUCAGACUCUGGAGACGCAGCACGCUCAGGAAGCGUCCGACCUGCAGAGCCAGCUGAAGUACAAGCAGAAGAGCGAUGCGUCCAGCCUUUACCACCUGAUGCCGCAGACCAGCGACUCGGAGUUCGUGCGGCAGCAGACGGAGAUGCUCAGCGAGGUGAAAUACAAGGAAGAAGGGAAGAAGGAGAUGAGCGUGAACCUGUACUCCCUGGUCCCGGACACGCUGGACAGCCGGCACGCCAAGGAGCUGACGCAGAUGCAGAGCGAGACUAAAUACAAAGAGGCCAGUAAGAAGCAGACGGCGGCGUCGCUCUACCAUAAGCUGCCUGAAACUCUGGAGACGCAGCACGCUAAAGAAGCUUCUCAGCUGCAGAGCCAGGUUUUGUAUAAAGAGGCUGUGAAGAAGGAGCUGCAGUGUCCGGUUUACCACCAGCUCCCAGACACUCUGGAAACGCAGUUCGCUCGGGAAGUCGGCGACAUGCAGAGUCAGAACAAGUACAAGGAGGACGGCAUGAAGAGGCUCUCUCAGAGUUUUUACUCUCAGCUGCCUCAAACCUCCGAGACCGAGUUCGCUAAAAACGUGUCUGAGCUGCAGAGCGAGAUAAAGUACAAGAAGUCGGGCAGGCAGGACGCCGGCAGCAGUUUGUAUUCGGUGAUGCCUGAAACCUUGGAAACUCAACACGCCAAAGAAGUGUCUGAGAUCCAGAGCCAGGUGAAGUACAAAGAGGGGGUGCAGAAGGAGAUGAAGUCCUCCCUGUUCUCCGUUCUCCCUAAGACGCCUCAGACCGAGCUCGCCAAGGAGGUGACGCAGCUGCAGAGCCAGGUCCAGUAUAAGGAGGCCCCCUCCUCCUCCUCCUCCUCCCUCUAUCACCUCCUCCCUCAGACGACUGAGACGCUCUUCGCCAAGCACAUGUCGGAGAUCCAGAGUGAGACUCAGUACAGGAAGGAAAAAGAGGAUCUGUCCUGCUCUCUGUACGCUGUGCUUCCUGAAACUCUGGAAACUCAGUUUGUUAAAGAGAUGGCGGAGACACACAGCCAGGUGAAGUACAAGCAGGACGGGAAGCAGCAGGCGGCGGCGUCUCUUUACUCCAAACUGCCGCAGACUCUGGAGACGCAACACGCCAAAGAAGUGAUGGAGCUGCAGAGCGAGAAAAAGUACACGGGCGAAGGGAGGAAGGAGAUGAAGACGUCUCUCUACUCUCAGCUGCCUGAAACUGCAGAAACGCAGUUUGCCAGAGAAAUGACAGAGUUACAGAGUGAGAACAGAUAUAAAGAAAGUGGCAAGAAGAGCCAGACAGUGAGUGUCUACUCUCAGCUCGCUCAGACCAACGAGAUCCAGCUCGCCAAAGCUCUGUCCGACAUCCAGAGUGAGACCAAAUACAAAGAAGCGGGGAAGAAGGAGGCGUCCAGCUCGCUGUACUCCAAGCUCCCCGAGACCAUGGACACUCAGCACGCCAAGCAAGUGUCGCAGCUGCAGAGUGAGGUGAAGUACAGACAGGACGGCGUGAAGGAGGCCAGCAGCUCGCUGUAUCACCGCCUUCCCGAAACCAGCGAGACGCAGCGAGCGAAGGAGCAGCGAGACGCCUGCAGCGAGGUCAAGUACAGAGAGGACGGCAAGAAGGAGGCGGAGAAGGCCCUCUACUCCGCCCUGCCGCAGACCGCCGACACUCUGUUCUCCAGGCACGUGUCGGAGAUCCAGAGCGAGACUCAAUACAGGAAGGACAAAGAGGAUCUGUCCUGCUCUUUGUACGCUCUGCUUCCUGAAACUCUGGAAACUCAGUUUGUUAAAGAGAUGGCGGAGACGCACAGCCAGGUCAAAUACAAGCAGGACGGACUGAAGCAGGCCGGCAAUCCACUGUACCACAGCCUGCCUCAGACUCUGGAAACGGAACACGUGAAGGAGGUCACCGAGCUGCAGAGCCAGAACAAGUACAAGCAGGGUAUGAAGGAUUCGCUGUCCUCCAGUCUUUACGCUCAGCUGCCGCAGACGGCCGAGACGCAGCUCGCCGCUCAGGUGUCGGAGAUGCAGAGCGAGAGUAAAUACAGAGAGGACGGCCUGAGGGGCCUGGCACACAGCUUCUACUCGCAGCUUCCGGAGACGGCCGAGACGCAGCUCGCCAAGAGUGUGUCGGAGCUGCAGAGCGAGGCCAAGUACAAGGAGGCCAGCAGGAAGGAGGCCAGCAGCUGUCUGUACCAUCAGCUGCCACAGACCCUGGAGACGCAGCACGCUAAAGAGGCUGCAGAGCUGCAGAGCCAGGUGAAGUACCAGGAGGGGAAGAAGGAGCUGAGCUCCUCUCUGUACUCCCAGCUGCCUCAGACCGAGGAGAUCAGGUUCGCUCAGGCCGUGUCCGAGCUGCAGAGCCAGACUAAAUACAAGCAGAAAGGCCGGCAGGACGCCAGCGACAGCCUCUUCCACCACAUGGCGGAGACCAGAGAGACGGAGUUCCUGAAGCAGAUCUCUGAGAUCCAGAGCCAGAUGAAGUACAGGAAGGACAAAGAGGAUCUGUCCUGCUCUUUGUACGCUGUGCUUCCUGAAACUCUGGAAACUCAGUUUGUUAAAGAGAUGGCGGAGACGCACAGCCAGAGUAAAUACAAGGAAGCGGGGAAGAAGGAGCUGGUCAAGUCUUUGUACUCUGUGCUGCCCGAGACCAAAGAAAGUCAACAUGCUAAAGAGCAGACGGCGCUCUGCAGCGAGAAAGCGUACAGGGAGGAGGGGAAGAAGGAGGCGGGCAGCAGUUUGUACUCUCUGAUGCCUCAAACCAUCGAGACGGCCUUCGCCAAAGAGCUGAGCCGCACGCAGAGCGACAAGAUGUACAAGGAGAAGUACAACCGAGAGAAGGGGAAGGCCGACUACACCAACAUGAAGACGCUGCCUGAGGUGGAGCACGCCAUGGAGGUCAACAGGAACCAGAGCGAGGUCAGUUACAGGAAAGACAAAGAUGAACUUCAUCACUACAACGCCGAACCGGACAGGCCGGACAUGGUGAAUGCUGCCAAGGCAGCCAGACUGGCCAGUGAGGUUCUCUAUAAGAGUAAGCAGCAGGUCCACAGCGACGAGUCUCUGCUGUCCAGGACGGACAUCCAGCACGCCAAAGAUGUCUCAAAGAUAAACAGCCAGGUGAAGUACAAGGAGAAGUUUGAGCGGCAGCUGAAGGGGCAGAAGCCUCGGUACAACCCUCUGGAGUGUGUCUCCUUCAGACACACUCAGGCUGCUGGAGCUCUGGCCAGUCAGGUGAAGUAUAAAACCAACCAGAAUCAGAAGGUUGAGGGUUCUUCAGAUUUACCAAACCUGCUGCAACUGGAACACGUCCUGAACGCUACCAAACUGCAGAGCAACGUUGAAUACAAGAAGAAGUACGAGCAGAAUAAAGCUCAUUACCACAUCGCCCUGGACACAGCUGAACAGCUCCACCACAAGGAGAACGCUGUGCUGCACAGCCAGGUGAAAUACCGGGAGGAGUAUGAGAAGAACAAAGGUCGCUCUCAGAUGGAGUUCGGCGACACGCAGACGUACAAAGUGUCCAAAGAGGCUCAGAAGCUGCAGAGUCAGACGGAGUACCGCCGGGACUACGAGGAGACGGUGAAGGGCCGAGCUCUGCUGGACGUGGAGCAGACGCCCGGGUAUCGAACCGCUCGCCACGCCAGCAGCCUGCUGAACGAGAAGGAGUACAGAAAGGACCUGGAACAGGAAGUGAAGGGGCGGGGCUUAUCUGGCGUGGGACUGGAGGAAACGCCGGAGCUGCUGAGGGUCAAAAAGGCCAAUCAGAUCCUGAACCAGAAGGAGUACACGAAGGACCUGCAGACGGAGAUCGUGGGUAAAGGGAUGGAGCUCAGCGCCGAUGUUCUGGAGAUGCAACGAGCCAAGAGAGCAUCUGAGAUCCAGAGUCAGAGGUCCUACAGGCAGACGGAGCAGCUCAGAGAACACUCGUACGGGACGGUGACCGACACCCCCGAACUGCUGCACGCCUCCUACCUCAAAGACGUCUACAGCCAGAAGAAGUACAAGGACGAGGCGGAGCGUCUGAAGGGACGCUACAGUCUGCCGUCCGAAACCCCGGAGAUGGAGAGAGUCCGAGCCAACCAGAGACACGUCAGCUCCCUGCAGUACUGCUGGGACUCCAAGCUGAUGAGAGGACUCAUGUCGUCGGUCACAGAGACUCCGGAGAUCGUACUCGCUAGAGAGAAUGCCAAGAAGAUCAGUGAGGUUCAGUACCGGGAAGAGGUGGGGCGAGGCACCGCCGUCAUGGACACACCGGAGAUGGAGCGAGUCCGACGCAACCAGGAGAACAUCAGCUCAGUGAAGUACAGACAGAGCGCGGUGAAGGCCACGAGUGUGGGACUGACUCCUGAAGUAGAGAGGGUGAGACAGAACCAGGAGAACAUCAGCUCGGUGCGGUACCAGCGCGGGCUGCAGGAGGUGAGGGGGCGGAGCUGCACCGAGCUGGACACUCCUGAGUACAGGCGUGUCAGGAGGACACAGGACUCCGUCUCCAUGGUAGCGGCCUGGUUGCCAUGGCACCCACUGAGGAUGUGGGAGGAGCUAACCUGAGUGACGUGGCACAGUGGGCUGAACUACUGCACUGAUAAUAACACCCACCGCCCGCACUGCACAGCAUGGACGACAAGGCUGUGUGUG